UUCCCCGCCGGGCUGGCCUCGCCGGGUGCAAUGUUUUGCCGGAGCGCGGGCCGGGCCCUCCGGGCUCUGGUGCUGCUGCAGUUGCAGCCGCCCGCCCGGGCAGCGCCGCUCACGGCCCGGGGACCGGCCGCCUGCUACGGUACUUCAAUAACAUCUGCCAAAAUCCAAGUGAAUGGAGUCCACCUGCAUUAUCAGCAAACAGGAGAAGGAAGCCAUACAGUUCUUCUGCUUCCAGGAAUGCUAGGGAGUGGUCAAACUGAUUUUGGACCGCAGCUUAAGUCUAUGAAUAAGCAACUUUUCACAGUUGUUGCUUGGGAUCCUCGGGGAUAUGGAAAGUCCAUUCCUCCAUCUCGAGACUUUCCUCCAGAUUUCUUUGAGAGGGAUGCAAAAGAUGCUGUGGAUCUUAUGCAGGCACUAAAGUUUAAGAAGUUCUCCUUGCUGGGGUGGAGUGAUGGUGGAAUUACAGCGCUCAUUGCUGCUGCAAGGUACCCGAAUCUUAUCCACAAGCUGGUUAUCUGGGGAGCAAAUGCCAGCGUUACUCAAGAGGAUGUGAGAAUUUACAACGGUAUCCGAGAUGUUUCAAAAUGGAGUGAAAAGGUCAGGAAACCACUGGAAGAGCUGUAUGGACAUAAGUACUUAGCAGAAACCUGUGAGGCUUGGGUAGAUGGAAUAUCACGCUUUGCUGAAAAUUCAGAUGGUAAUAUCUGCCAACAAUUGCUGCCAGAUAUUAAAUGUCCCACAUUUAUAAUUCAUGGUGAGAAAGACCCUUUAGUCCCACAAGCUCAUGCAGAAUAUAUUCAUAAGCACAUCAAAGGCUCUCGGUUGCUUCUGAUGCCAGAAGGAAAGCAUAAUUUACACCUGCGUUUUGCAAAGGACUUCAACAGAGAAGUGGAAAAUUUCCUGCGCUAACAUGAACUGUAAAAGAAGUCAGAGAAGUGAAAGUAGCUUUGCCACCCAUCUGGCCACUCUGCUGAGGACAGUUUUACACUAGCACCAGGGAAGGGAGAUGACAGACCACAAUGAAGGAAGGAAUAGGUUAGUAAAGAGGAUGCAAAACAAUGUACCUUGUGUUCAGCAUAAUGGAACUGGAGAGAGGUCACCUUAAGCACAACAUUAAAGGGCCAAGGGGACAGUAUGGUAAUGCAAGCUCUAAACCUUUGCCAAGUAUCAACAGGCUGGGCAUAGUUAACAUUGUUUAUUUUGUGAAGGCUUUUGAACUGUCUCCCAUAACAUCCCUGUAGGGCAAUUGAUGAGGUAUGGCCUAGAUAAAUGGACAGUGAGAUGGAGUGAAAACUAGCUGAACUGCCAAGCUGAAGGUCUUGACAUCAGCAACAUGAAAUUCAGAAUCCAGCUGCUGGUGCUGUACUCCAGUGACUGAUCCUUGGCCAACACCAUUUAACUGCUUUGUUUUUGAGUUAAAUGGCAAGAGAGUGCACCCUCAGCAAGUCUGCUGAUGAUACAAAACUGCAAGGAGGGGCUGAUACACCAGGGGGUUGUGCUGCCAAUCCAGAGGGACCUCAGUAGGCUGGAGAAAUGGGCUGACAGGAACAUCAUGCAGUUUAACAAAGGGAAGUGCAAAGUCCUGUACCUGGAAAGGAAUAACCCACUGAACUAGUACAUACUGGGGACCACCAGGAUGGAAAGGAGCUUGGCAAAAAAAAACCUGGAGAUCCUGGUGGACACCAACUUGAACAUGAGUGAGCAGUGCGUCCUAACAGCAAGAGUUGUCCAACAUCUUUGUUUAAGGAAGAUUGUUACCAGUUGGUCAAGGAAGGGGAUAAGCUGCGGUGAGGUGCAUCUGGGGUGUUACUUCUAAUUCUGGGUCCCCCUAGAUGAGAGAGAGAUGGGCAUUUUGGAGUGAGUCCAAUGAAAGGAUGAAAGCAGUUAAAGAAUUGGAGCAUGUGGCAUACAAGGAGUGGCUGAGAGCUGCGACCAGUUUUCCUGGAGAAGGCUCAGGGGAUUCUUAUCAGUGUGUAUAAAUACUUGACAGGAAGCAGUAAAAAAGAUGGAGCCAGGCUCCUCUCAGAGGUGUGCAGUGACAGGAGGAGAGGCAAUGGACACAGAUGGUAAUACAGAAAUUGGAACACUAAAAAAACCAACAGAAAAACAGCUCUGCUCUGGUACAGGUUGCCCAGAGAGAUUGUGGUGUGUCCAGUCUCAGAGACAGCUAAAACCCUGGGGGGAACAACCCUGAUUAACCUGUUCUAGCUGACCUUGCCAGGCAAAGUAAAUGACUACACUAGAUGAUCCCAGAGGUUCUCUCCAACCUCCACAAUUGUGUGGUUGUAUGAAAGGGAAAGAAAGGAGUGGGAGGCUGUGUGUGAUCAGCAACACCAGACUGACAGUUAAUUCAUCUCAGUUUCACACUACAUUAUAACAUUAUAUUGCAAAUAUAACACCUUCAAAACAAGAUUUUUGCAAAGGUGAGGUAAUAAUUGAUGUGGGAAAUCCUUACCACUAUCAAGAAUAAAGUCAGAACGAUCAGAAUUGUUUACAUAAUACUCAGGUUAGCUAUGCUUAACACAAUAUAAAUCAAUGUAUAAUGUCACCAGCUUCACUCUUUUU